UCUCCCCCGCCUCCGCUUCUUACACGAAGCUCCGUCCGUACAGAGACAGAGGCAUGCGGUGCCUCUUUUUAAGAACUUCCAUGGCUCGAUCUUCUAUCUUCUCUUCUUCUCUAAUCCCACCGCAAAACCCUAAUUUCUCUUCUUCUUCGAAUUUCCUAUCCUUCAAUACCCUUCUACUCAGAAACCCUAACCCAUGCAAACGCUUCCGUGGCGCUUCCCUUCGCUGUUUCGCAUCCAUGGCGGCCGUAGAGAGGAUCAAGGUGCAGAAUCCCAUCGUUGAGAUGGACGGAGAUGAAAUGACGAGGAUUAUCUGGACAACAAUAAAGGAAAAGCUAAUAUUUCCAUAUUUGGAGUUGGAUAUUAAGUAUUUCGAUUUGGGAAUCUUAAAUCGUGACGCAACGGAUGAUAGAGUUACUGUGGAAAGUGCCGAAGCUACACUAAAGUAUAAUGUUGCUGUAAAAUGUGCGACAAUAACUCCUGAUGAAGCCAGGGUUAAGGAAUUCGGUCUCAAGUCUAUGUGGAGGAGCCCAAAUGGCACAAUAAGAAACAUCUUGAAUGGAACUGUGUUCCGUGAACCCAUACUAUGCCGGAAUAUUCCCAGGAUUGUUUCAGGUUGGAAGAAACCUAUCUGCAUUGGUAGGCAUGCCUUCGGAGAUCAGUAUCGGGCAACCGACAUGGUCAUUGGCAGACCGGGAAAGCUUAAAAUGGUCUUUGUCCCAGCAGAGGGUGAAACACCAGUGGAGCUCGACGUUUAUGAUUUUAAAGGUCCGGGCAUUGCCCUAGCUAUGUAUAAUGUUGAUGAGUCUAUUCGAGCUUUUGCGGAGUCUUCAAUGUCAAUGGCAUAUGGAAAGAGGUGGCCUCUUUACCUAAGCACCAAGAACACAAUCCUGAAAAAAUAUGAUGGCAGGUUCAAGGAUAUCUUUCAGGAGGUAUAUGAAGAGAAGUGGAAGGAGAAAUUUGAAGAGCAAUCGAUAUGGUAUGAGCAUCGGCUAAUUGAUGACAUGGUGGCCUAUGCAUUAAAAAGUGAUGGUGGAUAUGUGUGGGCUUGCAAAAACUAUGAUGGGGAUGUCCAGAGUGAUUUCCUUGCUCAAGGUUUUGGUUCUUUGGGCUUAAUGGCAUCCGUGCUGUUAUCAUCUGAUGGAAAGACGUUAGAAGCUGAGGCUGCACAUGGGACUGUGACUCGACAUUUUCGGCUGUACCAGAAAGGACAAGAAACUAGUACAAACAGCAUUGCUUCCAUAUUUGCCUGGACCCGUGGUCUUGAGCACAGGGCAAAACUUGAUAAAAAUGACAAGCUGAUGGAUUUUGCGUUGAAGCUAGAGGCUGCUUGUAUCGAGACAGUUGAGUCGGGCAAAAUGACCAAGGAUCUUGCCCUUCUGGUCCAUGGACCCAAAGUAUCAAGAGAGUUAUACUUGAGCACUGAAGAGUUCAUCGAUGCUGUUGCAAAGAAUCUUGAGCUGAAGAUUCCACAAGCCGCAGUUUUGUAAGUGGUCUUAUGGUUUUCUACAACUCAAUAUCAAAUAAAUCACAAUGAGACAAUACCAAUCCUUUACAACGCAAUGUGGAAGGCAUUGUGUAAACGGCACUGUAUAUCUUAUGAGCUUGUUUUACUUUGAAAAUGGAGAAAUAAAAAGCCAUGCACAAUAGAUUAUCAGUUGAAAAUUCA